GCGUUGGCAAGACGGAAGCUACUUUCCUUCCGACAGUAACAUUUAAUUAUUAUUUAUCAGAUUUAACUCCCAUUUAUUUAAUCAGUUCUUAAUAAUGAAACAGCAGGUGUUGACCCUUCUCUUGCUUACAGUCCACUUCUGUUCAUCUGAAAACCAAUAUUCGACACUCGGUGGAAGUGUUACUUUUUCCCCUGGACGUGACCAAAUCAGGAGCAUCGUGUGGAAAUUUGGGAACGAUAAGGUUGCAGAGUAUGAUCCAAUCUUCGAGCAAGAUGUCGCGUAUUAUGGAGAUUUCAAGGAACGAACAACGUUGGAUAUUAAUUCUGGCAACAUUACAAUAACUACGUUGACUGAAAAACUAAAGGGAACCUACUCAGUUGAGGUUAACAAUGAGGUGUUGGGGACGAAGUUUGUUAUCGAACUUGUUCCGAAAGUGAUAAUUGAGAAAAAAAUUAUUCUGAUUUCCUCUGAUGGGGUCACCUGUAAGCUAAACUGCACAGCCAAGCCAUCCUCUAUUGAAUACCCCCUGGAGUACAAGUGGAUUCCAAACGGACAGCCGAGCGAGGAAACGAAUAUACUGAUUGUCAAUAAGGACGAGUGGUCCAAAUCAUUCACUUGUAUUGCAAGUAAUCAAGGAAGUCGGGAUGAAGCUGCAGUAACUGCGAAAGACCUUUGUGAAGGAUCUGACCUUACAGUUCCAGUUGCAGUAGGAACAAGUUUUGGAAUAGUGUGUCUUCUAGCUCCAAUAGCUCUUUAUCUAAAAAAACGUGCUAAAACUGGCAACCCAACAUCAGACAGUUCUGCAUCUACCACCGCAACAUAUAGUAAAGCACCCUCGGGCACAGACAAUGACAAGGACUAGAAUUCAUCAAAUUGAUUGCUGAGCUGGUUGGGGAAGUUACAGGCCACCGGAACAGGAGCUCCCCGGUGUUCUUGGUUCAACAGUCAAGACAUAUUAAUAUUGAGCAACAUGGAAAAGAGAGGCUCUUGACUGUUACGGCUUUUAUCUUGUUUUUAUUUUUUUCAUUUUUUUUUACAUUUAUUUUAUUAUUAUUUUUUUUUCUAUCUGAACUUUUCUCUGAUUUUGUGAAAAUGCCUUAUACGCAUGAGGUACAUGUGUGUCUGAAUAGAAUUGCUCCAGAGUUGCCUUAUAAAGAUCAGAAUGCCCAUGUUCAAAUCAAUGCACCCCUCAUGAGAGAUACAAAUUCCAACUGACAAAUGGGGAAAUUCCUUAAUGGAAUUGCUUACAUUUUAGCACUUCUUCAGAAGAUUUUGGGCUGGAUUUUCAGAAUUUGUUGGUGCAGAAGAAAAAAUGUUUCAUUGUGUGUUUCUGCUGUAAAUUAGAAAUAUAGAAAUGUGUACAAGUGAAAUCUCUUCAGCUUUUGUGAGCUGUUGACAAGGAGGACCACAAGAAUGUACAGUAGGCAUAGCACUUAUAAUAACACUGUGUUAGUCAACAGAACUGGACUAGAUAGUUGGCUUAGAUAGUUUUAGCUUAGAUAGUUUUGAUGUGCUCUUGAGGUCAGAUUUUUCUCCCUACGAUUGAGGAGUGCACUUAUAAGUUUGAACCAUCAAAAGCAUGUUUGCACCUUUUAAUGUACAGUAUUUUGUAAAUUAUAGGCCACGGUGUGCAACAGGUGUGCAAGUGCAAGGAGUGGGCUAUUGACAUUUGAAGUGUGUGUGUGUGUGUGUGUGUGUGUGUGUGUGUGUGUGUGUGUGUGUGUGUGUGUGUGUGUGUGUGUGUGUGUGUGUGUGUGUGUGUGUGUGUGUGUGUGUGUGUGUGUGUGUGUGUGUGUGUGUGUGGUCCAAUGUCCAAUAAUUAAAGCGUAUGUGUUUCACAUGAAUGAAAAUUGAUCUCUGAUUGUGACAUUUAGGCUUAAGUCUGUCUGCUCCUGUAAUGGAGUCAUCUCUGCAUACAUUUCCCAACCAAAUAGGCAUGGUGCAUGAAGGAGCCAUCAUGGUGGAGUGUGGUCUGUGUACAGUUAGUCCUGUCUGUACUGAAUGACCAAAUGUAAGUGUAAUAAACAUAGUGUGUGAACCCCAAUACACACCUUUAUCGGUGCUGACUAUUGUAUAGCAUGAUGAAUUGUGAUGAUCACUGUUUUGUGUGCCUUGCUUCUUAUUUUAUAUAAAAAUAUUGGGGGAAUGCGAGGGAUCUUUUUCAGUGUUAUUAUAUUUUCAGCAAGAUUUUUAGGUUGAUUUUUACAAGUUCUUUGUGUAGGUGCUCAUGAUGUACCAUUGUGUGAAAUGUCAUUUUCCUAAAACGUUCCAUUAAAGCCUGAUUAAGUCUCUGCUG